UUUAAUGCAUUUAAAACUAAGCUUAAGUAAAUCAGUGAGGUAAAGUAAAUGAGUGUAAAAAAUUUUGUCAUCCUUUUCUUCUAAACUUUCCCUGUAUAUAUGUCACUGUUUCAAAGCUCCAUAUAUGCCCAAGACCACUUAACAAAUUCGGGUGAGAUAAAAAGGAGAUUUCAUCAUCCUUCAACCAUGGGAAGACCUCCUUGCUGUGAUAAAGUUGGCAUCAAGAAAGGUCCUUGGACUCCUGAGGAAGACAUCAUCCUUGUUUCUUAUAUUCAAGAACAUGGCCCUGGAAAUUGGAGAUCAGUCCCCACUAACACUGGUUUGUUGAGAUGCAGCAAAAGUUGCAGGCUUAGAUGGACUAAUUACCUUAGACCUGGAAUCAAGAGAGGAAAUUUUACUGCUCAUGAAGAAGGAAUGAUUAUUCAUCUGCAAGCUUUAUUGGGUAACAAAUGGGCAGCCAUAGCUUCAUAUCUUCCACAGAGAACUGACAAUGAUAUAAAGAACUAUUGGAACACUCACCUGAAGAAGAAGCUGAAGAAGUUUCAAUCGUCUUUGGAACCACAAAUGGCGGCAGAUAAUUCAAGUACUAGCACUCAUCAGUUGGCAUCGAAUAGUUUCGAUAAGAGGAGUCUAGAUUUCACCAACGAUGAAUCCUCCAGUCUUACCACUACCAUUAAUCAAGGUUUCUCAUAUGCAUCGAGCACCGAGAAUAUUUCUCGUCUUCUCGAAGGAUGGAUGAGAUCCUCCUCGAAAAACAACAACAACAAUAACUGCAACAACAUCAUCGAAAACAACGAUAAUCUUGACAAUUCAGUAACGAUGACUUCUCUUCAUUGCUAUGGUCUGAAAGAGGAGAAACAAGGAGGUGAUUUGAUUUCUAAUAAAGAGUUUGUAUCAAUUUCAUCAUUUGAAAAUUUGAACUAUGUGGGAUGGGAUAAGUCUACAAGUGAUCAUCAGUCCACCACAAAAGGAAGUCCAAAUGAAGAGAAGGUUAACAUCACAGCAAUGAUGCCUUCAGAGAGGAAGCUGCAAAGAUCCGAAAAUUCUACACCUCCAUUAUCAUUUCUUGAGAAAUGGCUUUUGGAUGAAUCAACUGGUCAAGUAGAGGAGAUUAAUCAGAUUAUGGAACUCUCUGAUCCAAUAUUCUGAUUAAAAAAUGUCAAUUGUUUUUUUUUUUUCCCUCAAUUUCUAUUGGUCUUGCUUUGUUUUAGUUUGAGUUUUAAAUCCAUGGAUGACAAAAGAGGUUAAGGGAUUCUGAAAAGUUGGAAUCUCUUGGUAACAAAAUAAAAUAAAUCCUAGUAUUUCAAUUGGAAGCA